GACUGUAUAUGUCGAAGAAGAAUAUAAGUGGAUACAAUUUUAGAUUAAGAUUUAGAUACGAAGUGAAGAAAGUUUUAAAUUCGAUUUAAGAAAGGUUUUCCAAAUGGAUUUAUUCAACGCUCACAUGAGGUGUAAAUUCACUCUUGUGCGAUUAUUGAUGAUUCUGAUUUCGCUAUCAUUUGGGGAAGGUUUUUAUGUGCCGGGUGUUGCGCCCGUCGAAUUUUCUAUGGGUCAAAAAAUCGAUGUUAAAGCUGUAAAAAUGACAAGUAGUCGGACCCAGUUGCCUUACCAGUAUUACUCACUUCAAUUCUGCUUGCCCAAAAAUGGUACUUUAAUAUAUAAAUCAGAAAAUUUAGGUGAAGUUCUUCGAGGCGAUCGUAUAGUAAAUACACCUUAUGAUGUUCGUAUGGCUGAAAACAUUAAUUGUAAGUUACUAUGUCACAAAAAAGAUCAACCUAUGAAUUGGGACAAAGAUCAAUCAGCUAUAGUUGCAGAGAGGAUACGUCAUGAGUAUUUCGUUCAUUUGCUGGUUGAUAACUUGCCCGUAGCUACUAGAAUCUCAAAUGCUAAUAAUCCCAAUGAAAUAACUUACGAGCAUGGGUACCGUUUAGGACAAAUUGAGGGUGAAAAUAUAUAUAUUAACAAUCACUUAAAAUUUAUUAUAUCAUACCAUAUGCACACCAAAAACAAAUAUCGCGUAGUUGGUUUUGAGGUUGAGACCGCUUCAGUCAAUUAUAAAGAUAUAAAAUUCGAGGGCGAUUCUUGUAAUUUUCCGGAUAAUGCAAGACCGCAAUCGGUAAAUCCUAUUUCGAAUACAAAAUUGUAUUUUACUUAUUCUGUAGAAUGGAAAGAAUCCAAAGUUAGCUGGGCUUCUAGAUGGGAUAUAUAUCUUGGAAUGAAAGACGUCCAAAUUCAUUGGUUUAGCAUUAUCAACUCGCUCGUGGUCGUAUUUUUUCUUUCAGGUAUAUUAACUAUGAUUAUGAUACGGACUCUUCGUCGAGAUAUCGCACGCUACAACACUGAUGACAACAUAGAGGACACGCUAGAGGAAACGGGAUGGAAGUUAGUCCAUGGUGACGUCUUUCGUCCUCCGAGAAAUACGCGUCUGUUUUCUGCAGUUAUCGGCAGCGGAAUACAGAUAUUUUUCAUGGCAUUAAUAACAAUAUUUUUCGCUAUGCUUGGAAUGUUGUCACCAUCUUCCCGAGGAGCUUUAAUGACUUCAGGCAUUUUUAUGUACGUUUUCAUGGGAACAAUUGCUGGAUACUUUUCUGCACGUCUUUAUAAAACUAUGAAAGGACGGGAAUGGAAACGUUCGGCAUUUCUAACUGCUACUUUAUAUCCUGGAAUUGUUUUUGGAACCGGGUUUAUAAUAAAUUUCUUUAUAUGGGACAAACAUUCAAGUGGCGCAGUACCAUUCACCACAAUGAUUUCGUUACUGCUUUUGUGGUUUGGAAUAUCAGUUCCCUUGGUCUAUUUAGGAUACUACUUUGGCUAUCGAAAGCAGCCAUAUCAACAUCCUGUCCGCACCAAUAUGAUACCAAGACAAGUUCCCACACAGCACUGGUACAUGAAUGUUGUGCUUAGUACGUUAAUGGCUGGAAUUUUACCUUUCGGAGCGGUUUUCAUUGAAUUGUUUUUCGUUUUCACUGCUAUUUGGCAAAACCAAUUCUAUUAUUUGUUCGGUUUCCUCUUUCUCGUAUUUUGUAUCUUAGUUGUCAGCUGUGGUCAAAUAUCAAUAGUUAUGACAUAUUUUCAAUUAUGUGGAGAGGAUUACCGCUGGUGGUGGCGAAGCUUUGUCGUUUCUGGUGGUUCAGCUGUGUAUGUGUUAUUCUACAGCAUUUUCUAUUUUUUUACUAAACUGGAAAUUACUGAAUUCAUUCCUACGCUCCUAUACUUAAGUUAUACAGGAAUUAUGGUACUAACCUUUUGGCUACUGACCGGAACAAUUGGCUUUUUUUCCGCUUAUAGCUUUAUCCGAAAAAUAUACGGGGCAGUUAAAAUCGAUUGAUUUUAAAUAUAUCAAAAAUAUUUUUGAUUUAUUGUUCUAACAUAUAUAGAUAUAUGUUUCAGCUUAAAAAUUAAUUUACGAUUAUUAGUCGAUAUUUAUAUUUAGUUGACCAGGAUUUGAUAAAUGGUAUCAUCCUUAUAUUUAUGAUGUAAUGAAAGAAAUGCUUAAUUUAAUUUUAUUGACAAAUAUUUAUUUCCAUAUUUGUAUGUAUUAUAAUAAGUCAAAUCCUUUUUAUGCAUAUACAUACAUAUGCUUAAUAUUUUUUUUGGCAUUGUGAUAUUGAGCAUCUUUGCUGCAUAAAAUAUAUGUAAAAUAUAAAAUGACCGGAAUUAGAGAAGAAAAGGAAUUUGGUUAAAUCAAAAAUUUUCCACUGCAGAUGCAAAAAGGAAAGUUAAAACAGGGAAAGAGUGUUAAGUGGAACCGAAAUUUUUAUUCUCGCAACAUUCAAGGCUUAAAGCCAGGAAUAAUGGGAUGCCCAACUUAUUCCAGUGUGAGAGCGCCUCAAAAUAAGCGUUUUUUUUAUAACAUUUUCCAUUAUGGCCAGAUCGAACAAAAUAACAUUUUUUGGGCAUUUAUUAACCCAAUACCCAACAUUUAGUACGAAUAUAAAUUACUAAACAGUGGCUAUUUAUUGAUGUUUCAAAUUACCUUUAAAUUUCACAAAUUUAUUUAAUUUUCAUUGUUUUGCAUUUUUGAUAAGAGGUCUUGAACGAUGCAACAAAUCCCUCCGUUUAUAUAUUUCUUUGGUAAGAUUUCAAUCUGGCCAUCGCUCGUUUCCAACUGCUAAACGUCAAAACCUCCCCAAUCCAGUCAACUGUCAAAGUUUAGGUGGUUUUGACGUUUAGCAAUUGUUCUCUCACUUCCAGCGAGAGAGGAGUUGGGCAUCCCAUUAUUCCUGCUUAAAGCUAUGGAGAUACUUUCAGGCAGGAAUAAUGGUAUGCCCAACUCUCCUGUCACUGGAAAUGUGAGAGCCGCUCACCUACCGAACUUUGACAGUUGACUGGAUUGGGUAGGUUUUGACGUUUUGCAAUUGGAAUGACUGGAACGGCCAGAUUGAAAUUAUACCAAAAAUAUAUGUGAACGGAGAAAUUUGUUGCCGCCGUUCAAGAUCGUUAAUAAAAAUUUAAAACAAUAAAAAUCAAAGAAAAUGCGAAAUUUAAACAUAUUUCAUGAAACGUUUUGUAAUUUGAUGCAUAAUAGAAAUAAUUUUCUAUUACAAAUGAUUAAAAACAUUCAUUAAUUGACAACUAACAGGCUUUAUUCACCUUAUUCAGCCCUAUUCUGCAUUUCUACUCGAAUCGAAAUUUUCUCCGAUUGGCAACUUUGGUAUUCUGCGUUUCGAUUCAACUUCGAAAAUUCCAAUUCUAUGUAUUCUGCAUUGCGAUCGUAAUUACGUUUUUGUACGUUGAAGUUUUGUCGGCGGAAAGCCGUUAUAUGUAUGUAUAUUCAUUUUCGUGCACUUGGAUAAAAUAAUUUCCUCAAAUAUGUCAAAAGUAACAACGGCAGAGCAAUACGAAAAAUUGUGUGAUAUGAUGGCCACGAAAAGAGAUAUUGCGCAGGGCUUCCAAAAGCGACCGAAGGAAGAAGUACAGGAGUUUUGGGAGGAGGUUGCAAGGAAUUUAAAUGCACUUGGCCCACCAACAAAAGAUUCCAAUACAUGGAGGUAAGGUCUGGAUUGACUGAAAAUGCUACAUGAAGCGAAAAUUAUCGCAUAACAAAAAAGAAAGGAUGAGCACCGGUGGAGGUCCUUGCCGUUUACAACGCAUAAGCCCACUUGAUGAAAAGGUGAUAGCUUUGACGGGUUUGGAAACGGAUGAUAUCCCUUCAACCAGUAGAGCUAGCAGACAAAAUAGAGAGGCGAGAGCAGACAACCAGAGCACUUCUUCAUUACUUAAGCAACAGAUACAAAUCAAAAAGAAUUUUAUGCAGAGACGAAAAAAUUCAGCUGCCUUUGGUAAAAUGAAAGAAGUUACUUCAUAUUUACGGCACAUGAAUCGUUCUCUAGAAACUUUGGCGGAGACUGCAGUGAAGCAACUUGAAGAACAGAAGCGACACAAUAGAAUUAAGGAAGAGCUGGUGAAGGAAAAAGUAGAAAUAAAAAUGCAAAUGCUAAGAUUAGAUCCAAAUUAUAAGCCGGAUUCAAAGUAGUCAUUUUUUAA